GUCCUGGGUCCUGGGGUCUCCUACAUCGUGCGGUACAUGGGCUGCAUCGAAGUCGUCUGUUCCAUGCGGUCCCUGGACUUUAACACCCGCACGCAGGUCACCAGGGAGGCCAUCAACCGGCUCCACGAGGCAGUGCCCGGCGUCCGGGGCUCCUGGAAGAAGAAGGCCCCCAACAAGGCGCUGGCGUCUGUCCUGGGCAAGAGCAACCUGCGGUUCGCGGGCAUGAGCGUCUCUGUCAACAUCUCCACCGACGGUCUCAACCUCUCCGUGCCCGCCACGCGCCAGACCAUCGCCAACCACCACAUGCAGUCCAUCUCCUUCGCGUCUGGCGGCGACACGGACAUGGCGGAUUAUGUGGCUUAUGUGGCCAAGGACCCCAUCAACCAGAGAGCCUGCCACAUCCUGGAGUGCUGUGAGGGCCUCGCCCAGACUGUCAUCAGCACCGUGGGCCAAGCCUUCGAGCUGCGCUUCAAACAGUACCUGCACAGCCCCCCCAAGGUGGCCGUGCCCCCCGAGAGGCCGGCGAGCCCCGAGGAGGAGGCCGCGGAGCACAACUACUACAACAGCGUCCCCGGCAAGGAGCCGCCCCCGGGAGGGCUGGUGGACUCCAGGCUGGCCCCGCUGCAGCCCUGCGCCCCGGGAGCCUUUGGGGGCCUUGGCCAGGACGCGGCUCCUGCUCAGAGAGACGCCUGCGGCCUGCAGUGGGAGCUGGGGCCCUCCGGUGCAGGCCUACCAGGUGACGGCUACGUGCUCGCAGACACCCGGGGGCCUCAGGACUACGAGGAGCACCUCUACGUCAACACGCAGGGCCUGGACGCCCCCGAGCUGGAGGGCAGCCCCAAGAAGGACCUGUUCGACAUGCGCCCCUUCGAGGACGCCCUCAAGCUGCACGAGUGCUUGGCGGCCGCACCCCUGCCCUCAGAGGACCAGUGGCCCAGCCCCCCGACCCGCCGGGCCCCCGUCGCGCCCACUGAGGACCAGCUGCGGCAGGAGCCCUGGUACCAUGGCCGGAUGAGCCGCCGGGCCGCGGAGAAGCUGCUUCGGGCCGACGGGGACUUCCUGGUCCGGGACAGCGUCACCAACCCUGGGCAGUAUGUGCUCACGGGCAUGCACGCUGGGCAGCCCAGGCACCUGCUGCUCGUGGACCCUGAGGGUGUGGUACGGACGAAGGAUGUGCUGUUCGAGAGCAUCGGCCACUUGAUCGAGUACCACCUGCAGAACGGGCAGCCCAUCGUGGCGGCCGAGAGCGAGCUGCACCUGCGUGGCGUGGUCUUGCGGGAGCCCUAGCCAGGUGGUGGCCCCUGACAGCUCCUGGCUCCUGCCCCCGACGCCCUGCUGCGGCCUCCCAGGCUCUCUGCCUUCCUCGCC